AUGGCGAGAAAGCGACACACCACAGCCUGUAAUCUCUGUCGGAGUCGCAAAGUCCGUUGCGAUGCGGUCCACGUUGGUGUGCCCUGCUCCAAUUGCUCGAAGCAGAAGUCGAAGUGUGUCGUGUCGCCAGCUCACUCAACCGCACAUCAACUACAGCAUGCCAUACCCUUGGACAGGACACACAAGUUCAGAGUCAAGGCUCACCGGAACCAUGUGGGCCAAGACAGCAUCGACACAUCAAGGCCUUCAUCCAGUCCGCUGCCCGACGCAAUAGCCGAGGAGCAUGACUACGGCGCUGUCAACAUUGAAGCCAACGUUAGUGAUCCGGGGCAACUGCAUCUACCAGCCUAUAUCACGCCCUUAUCCACGACCAUCAAUUCGGACAAUCUGCAAGUGCUUGUGCAAAGAGAUGCACUGGUAUUCCCUCCACCGGAUAUCAUUAACGAACUAAUUCGAUCAUUUCUAUGUUAUGUUUACCCACUACUGCCGAUCCUACGUCUAGAUGACUUUCUAGCAGCUAGAGAACAAGAAUCUGGAAAAACCAUCAGCUCACUCUUAUUCCAAGCUGUUUUGUUGGCCGGGGCAGUGUUCACCGACUUUUCCCAGUCGCAACAUCCGAGCUUUCAACGAAGUAAGGAUGCUCAGAAAUUGCUUUUUGGUCGAGCGAAAUUAUUGUACGAUAUGGAAGUAGAGCCUAACCAGGUUACUGUGAUCCAAAGUCUGCUCUUAAUGACUUACUGGCAUUCUCAGCUUAACGAUAUUCAGGGACGUGUCCACUGGCUCAGAAUUGCUCUAUCCCUGGCGACAGAAAUUGGCCUGCACAACUCUGAUUUACAGCAUGAAGAGCUCGAGGAGAAUAAUUUCCGCCGCCGACUGUGGAGUUGUUGCAUCAUCAGAAGUGCUUUGCUAUCCAUUGGAGAGCGGCGACAAAUUAUGUUACCAUGCUCAGUAUCGGGCCCACCCAUCUUGUCUUCUGAGCACUGGAACACCACUUCUCUUUUACGUGCUCUCGAUUCCUAUCCGGUAAGCGAGACAAGAGAACAAGUGGAGAUGUUGGGCUGUAUGCUCAUCCAAGAAGUAGAAUUGUGUCGAAUAAUUCUGCACAUUCUGGAUGCUCUGUACGAAUUGAGCGGGCUCCGAAGGGAUACAUCUAGCAAUUCAAUCCUGGUGCUGAUCCCUAAGACCAAAGCUACCGGCUCUUUAGUUAUUGCACUGGACGAAAAGCUAAGGGAGUGGCAUGAAAAUGCGUCGCAACUUGGCCUAUUUGACCGGCAGCAAGGUCACCACGGUUCGAUUGUUCCGGUUCAUUCUGCGAUGCUCGAGAUGCUGUAUCUUACAGCAUUGUCUGCUGUACACCGCCCACUUAUGCUGCAACAGCGGCAAUGGGAAACCGCUACGGAAGCAAUGCGUGUGUUCUCGUCUGCUACCUUGCGCUCUUCUGCAUGCCGAAUUACAGAGAUAGGCAGAGAUCUCGAGGCCGACAAGCGGAUCUCUUACCUUCCUCCUGUAGCUACAGCCAUGUUAAUUGCAGCAACUAUUCAACAUCUCAAGGAUGCCAUGUCACCCAACCUGGAGUAUUGCCAAUUAGGCUCUCUGUAUCUGGGGCACGUUCUGCGCAUUUUUCGUCUGCUCACUGACCGAUACAACCAUGUCCAUACUGCCAUCGACUUCAUUAGCCGCGUGCAGAAUGGGGAACACUUUGAUCAUUCCCUGGAAUGGGAGGAUCGAGUAAGUUCCACCAGUGGCAGGCAGCUGAUUUAA